ACCUUUUGAUGAGUUGUACAUCACCUUACACAUUGAUUUGUAGUUACUAAUACCAUUUUCUCAAUCAAGAAAAUAGGAAGAAAAGCCUUUUAAAGCAAUUUAUAAAUUGAUCAAACUAUGUAGUGAUACAAUGAAUAAAAAGUCAUCAUCAACUUCAUUCAAUCAAAACAAGAGUUUCUUUUCCAAAUUUCAACAGCACAUCACAGACAUUUAAAAGAAAAAAACAAAACAAAAAAGAAACAAAACAAAACAAUUGACAAAACAAUUGACAAGGAAUAAAAAUAAAAAUGAGGAUUUCAUCUCUCGAAAAAUAAGGAAACCUCACCCAAUUACCAGCUCUUGACACUAUACAUCAUUUCCCAUGUUACAUAAUGUGCACUGCAUGUGUUGAAAUGCUACCCUAUGCAUUUAAUAGGCAAAGAAAUGCAAAUUUCUGGGAUCACCGUGAUUUGGGUUUUCAUUGCACCAGGCAAUCUGUAUUAUGUCAACUCUAGUCCAAAUUGUCAUUUUCUGUGAAUAAAGCGUCAAGGAGACACAUUAAAAAAGGCAGUGGGUAACAGUUAAUGUACAUUUCUGAAGGGAAUGGUCAAAUAUUUUGGACAUGACUGAGUUCAAUGCUAGAAAUUCCUAUCUGAAUGAGAAGAAGCCCUUGGAGUGUUCAAUAUCUGCCCAGCAAGGGAAGGAGCCCACAGAAAAAGAUACAGGCACCUCCAUUUUUGUAAAUCAUGCUGUGCAUGCUUGGCAUGAGAAUAGAAAGAGGUGGGUUGGAGAUCAGUCGCGAAGGUCAAAAAGGAUAACUAAGGAUCCAAUUAUCAGGUAUAUUGUUGUCCUGAAGCUUAUGCUAUGAGAUGGAAGGAGUCUGUUGUUAAGGUCAUCGAUGAAGAUUUCAUGAUACAUUUGUGUCUAUUCAACUUUGAUAUUGUAUAUUUGUAUUUAAGUUGGUGCCUCCUGCCAACAUAUGAAAGCCACCAUUACAUAGCUCUGAAAAGGAAAGAAGAAAACUUCCUACUUUGUUUAGAGGGGCUAGUAGUUACCCUAGCUACAUGGAAAUAACUGUACAAACUUUCAGUUGCAGCUGGACAACAACAUAUGAGGGACUUCUCUCAACCAAUGAGCCUUUCUCUGAGGCAAUCCCUUUGGCAGAGAUGGUACACUUUCUAGUUGAUAUUUGGCAUGAGGAGGGCCUCUUUGACUAGAUAACAAAUGACAAAUAUGUAGGAAGACGGAAACUGUUGGAGAAUAUGGAACCUUCAUAGAACAAAAAAUUUAAUCUAAUCUCUUUUAGUUGAAUCUUCCAUUUUUUUACUCAUAAAGUAUUAAACGUUGUCUAGCAGCAGCAGAUCAGAAAUUGUUUCCCCAUUUCCCAUUAUAGUUACUGAUUGGAAUUUUGACUGAACCUGAACACUAUGCCUGGUUAAAAAUUUUCAUGUAUCCGAUCCCUCUGAAGGAGGUGCCAUUAUAAAAGGCAUUCAUAUAA